AUGGGAUAUCAUAUAGUGGUCUGAUCUAGUGGUAUCCACUUGGCAGAGCUCGUGAGGUGUUUUCUUCACUGCUCUCAAUCCAGUUUUUAUUUAACUGCGAAGUAGUUAGGAUUUGAAAGAGGAGAAUCCAUGAUGUAUUGCAGCUGAAUUGACCUGAGAACGAGGUUACUGGAAUGUGCAUGCUCAAAACAUGGCAGCGGACAAGACGAAAUUAGGGAAAGGAAACUCAAACACCAGUUUGGUUCGUGUCGGAUUUUACGAAAUUGAAAAGACUAUAGGCAAGGGAAAUUUCGCUGUUGUAAAAUUGGCUUCACAUGUUAUAACAAAAGUUAAGGUAGCAAUUAAAAUUAUAGACAAGACCCAGUUAGAUGAAGAGAAUCUAAGGAAAAUUUUUAGAGAAAUUCAAAUAAUGAAGUUGCUCAAUCACCCCCAUAUAGUUCGUUUGUAUCAGGUGAUGGAAACAGAAAAGAUGAUAUACUUAGUGACCGAAUAUGCUAGUCAGGGAGAAAUAUUUGAUCACCUUGUAAUCAGUGGAAAAAUGAGUGAAAGUGAGGCCCGAAAGAAGUUUCAACAGAUCGUUGCUGCUGUUGGGUACUGUCACCAGCGAUAUGUAGUACACCGAGACUUGAAAGCUGAAAAUCUUCUUCUUGACUCAGAAAUGAAUAUUAAAAUAGCAGAUUUUGGAUUUAGCAACCAUUUUGAACCUGGUAAGUCUCUUUCAACAUGGUGUGGAAGUCCACCAUAUGCUGCACCAGAAUUGUUUGAAGGUAAACAGUACGAUGGAACCAAAGCAGAUAUUUGGAGCAUGGGAGUUGUGCUUUAUGUAUUAGUUUGUGGAGCCCUUCCUUUCGAUGCAAGCACUCUUCAGUGUUUACGAACUCGAGUUCUAUCUGGAAAAUUUAGAAUACCUUAUUUCAUGUCUACAGACUGUGAGAACUUGGUACGUAACAUGUUAAUUGUUGAUCCGGAGAAGCGGUUUACUAUACAGCAAAUUCUUCACCACAAAUGGAUUCAACAGGGGGAACCUGAUCCUGAAUUUAAGAUAUUAGUUGAACAAAAAUCAAGAUCUGUACAUGAAAAUGAAUCUAUUGAUGAGUUAAUAGUAGAACAUAUGCUUCAGCUGCCAGGAUUAUCCAAAGAACAAAUUAUUAAGUGUGUUCAAGAAAAAUAUUUUGAUAGCUGCAGUGCCAUAUAUCACUUGCUUCAAGAUAAAUUAAAAAGCCACCAGAGGGCAGCCUUGCUGCCCCAAAACUUGCCAGUAACAGCUCAACCACAAAGAAAAUCCAGUAUAACAACUGGAGUUGUUGAAAGGGGUUCACCUAAUAUGGAGAAUGGUAACUCUGAGCAUCAGGCUUUGUUGAGCUCCAUGUUGACUGUCAGUCCCACUCCUAUGCUACAGAUGUGUGCCGAGAACCAAAAUGUUGAAAACUUUGGCGAGUUCACACUGGAAUCUGAUAGAGAGGAAUCCACUAGAGAAACUGUUUUUAAUUACCAAGUGAUCCGUCGCCAUACAGUUGGUCCAAGUGAUAUAAAUCAUAAACAUGUCUCGGGGACAUCUACUGGAAGUAAAUCUAAACUGAGCCAUAAUUUUAAACCUCUUCCAACGUUACCACUUAGUGCUUUGCCAAAUACUAAUCUUCCUCAGAACUUGCCAUUUGUACAAAAUUUCCAUCCACAAAAUUUCUGUGUGAAAGACCAACAUUUAUUGAAACCACCCCCAGUACUUGGAGCAGUUGGAGGGUUAAGUCGCCGAGCAUCAGAUAGUGGAGCCAACAUUCAGACCUUUCAGCAACAUCUAUUACAGGAAUCACUUAUCCACCCCUCAAGUAGAGAACAGUUUGUGCCUCUCACUUCAGCUUGUCUUGCUACUUCGGGGACAUUACAAGCUUUAACUCCACAUGAAUGUAAAAUCAGUGAUAAUGAUGACAAACAUGAUACAGCAAGGUCCCGAAACCACAUGAAGCACAUCCUACCAAGAAGCAGUGUUGAAGAAACUCAAGAAUGUCAGUGGAAAAUACAAACUCCUGUUAGGCAGAGAAGAUCGGGACUUCUAACAGUCAUAGAUAAACAGCCAGUAAUGCGUCGAACAAGUGAUGGGAGCACAACUGUUAGCCCUAACCGCUCUGUACAAGAGCGUCUUUAUAAUCAAUCUUUUCUUUCCGGACCAAAUAACCAGUUAUUGAAUGAAGGAAUUCCAACAAUGAAAUCUCUUCAGCAGGAAUAUCAACAGUUACAGAGAGACACUGGAACUGUAGAUUGCCAGAUUCAGGCAGAGAUGCAAAGACUGCAUUCUCUUCAUAUACAGCAGAUGUCUCAUCUCCAUCCUAGUCUAGCUACCCCUUCCAUCUCGUCACCCCCUUCAAUUUCUGGGUCACCUAUACAUCAUACUUCCUCUAGUAGUACUAAUUCUCCUCCUGCUCUCACCCAACACUUGCAACAACUCCAGCUUUACCAUCGAGGUAGUCCUGUCGGAUUUGGAAUACAGGAUUCGCCCAUCUAUCCUUUCCAAAGUUAUGGAAAUACACAGCGUGUCAUUUCCUCAUCCUCACCACCAACAGGAUUGUUCAGUACAGAAACAUGUUCAGGAAGUACAUCACAGCCAUACUCUGGAGCAUGUGAAAUCUCAUCAACUCAACAACAAACUCCUUCCCCACAACCUUUGCUUGAUUCUCCUUCUAGCUUGUCAGCUAUUUAUCCUAGGCUUCCAAAUUCAGUUGGUCAACACCCUCGGAACAACUCUUCUCCUGGUUUUCAGAAUUUGGGUAUGAUCCAGGAAGAUGCUACAGAACAUACUCAUCAGAGAGAUCCAAAGCCAUUUCAAACUAGUUUGUCUUUUUCAGCACACAGUCAAGAGUUUCCAAAGAUAAGAAUUACAGAUGAGACAGGGGAGGUACAACUAUCUCCCACAUGUGAAUACCCCGACACCAUUGAUACAACUACAGUUUCACCAUUAGAAAAGAAGUCAAGCAAACUUCAAACUUUGGCCACAUGUUCACCACAGUUUCUCCCAACACCACCACAAUGUAUGAGCUUAGAAGAUUUCAAUGUUAGCAUGGAUUGCAGCAAAAGAGAAACAUUUUGUGAACUUCAACAUUUACAUUCAGCAACUGAUUUUAAUUCUGAGGACCAGGUAUUAAAGAAUUCAUUAAAUCAGAACGAAGGUAUCUGUAAUAAUUUGAAAUCGUCUUUAUUAAUGUGGUCAACAAUUCAGACCACUAGAGAAUCAUUUAGAAGUAACAAACAGUUAAGACAGACUUUUCCACCUCUUGCACUAGAAGCUGUUAACCCAGGAAGAGACAUUACACCACAAUUAUUUGACGAUUAUAUUUCUCGUGGUACAUCUCAUUCCCCUAUUUCGUCUAAGUUUCUAGAGUUUGAUAUUGAUACUCCGGAGCUCCAGAAAACAUCAAGUGGGAGCAUCUGCCUAACAAUUAAUAUUGGAGCUGGUGACAACUUUGUAUGUUGUGCAGAACUUCUUCAACAGAUUCAACAAAGACUCGGGUCAAAAGGAUUGCCACUAGUACUACAGCCUUUGGAAAGAGGUUUUUCAUUAGAGCAUCCUGAUGGUGUACAAAUAGAGCUUGAAGUGUAUGAUGGCCCAAGGCCCUCUGAAAGGGGACUGAAAAUGAGACGUAUUUCAGGUGAUAGUAUGCAAUAUAACCAAAUAUGUCAUGAACUCAUCUCUUGUAUGAACACAUAAUAUGUACAAUUUGUGGCUGCUGUACACUAUGCCUUACUUGAACUGCAUAAAUUUACUUAAGGCUUUUAUUUUUGGUGAUGGCCAUUGCCACAUUUUCAAAGUUGUUAGUGAAUCUACAGGCUGUUGGAAUAUUUCUUAGACAAUAUCCUACUAAUGUAAAAAAACAAAGAUUAUAAACAGAGAUAAUGUAAUGAUCUUGUUUUAUUGACAUGAAAAUAAUAUUUAGAUAGCCAGUUUUUGUAUAUCAGCUAGAUAUCAAAUUAAAAGUGAUAUUAAUUUGCUCAACUUUAUUAUAUUACUAUAUAGAUAUUAAAACCUUGGGUGCUUGAGAUAUGUAAGAUAUGUUUAAAUUUUUGUUGUUGGCAAGACAAUUGGAAUCUGUUGGCACUUUCAUGCUUAAGAGUUUAUUACUAAUGAGUACAGCAAUGCAACCACUUUAAAAAUAAAGAUUAAUUAUGCUUGUGCAUAUUAAUAACAAUUGACUUCUGAGCAAUUUCUUUUUCUGCACUGUUUACUUGCUGUAUGGAACCGUUACAUACGAAACAGCUAGAUAAAUAAUAAACAUUCUUCUUCACCAACAUCCUAUUGCUUAAAUGGUGUAAAAUAUUAACGGGGAGUAAGUAAUCAGAUAGCUUAUAAAAAAAAAUAUAUUUCAAUACUAGAGGAGAGAAGCGUGCAUGCCUAAACUAACACCAUUAUAAUAUAUAUAUAUCAAAAGGGAAUAAUAAAAUUUACACUAUUAUUACUUGCCGUAAAAGGCUAUUUAUGGGACAUGGUGAAACUUGCUAAUUCAAAUGCUUAUCACACGUUUUAUUUUUGACUGUAGUGACAUACACUUGUGUCUAUGCCUGAAAGUUGAAUUUUUUAUCUUAAUUGAAAGUCAAGACAACAAGCAGGAAUAAUAAAAUCACGUUAUUUUUGUGUAGAAGUUAAUCUGAUUGUUGCAGGUGAUUUUGUUUUAUAUAUAUAUAUAAUGCUGUUAAUAUUAUUGAAACUAUUAUUAAUAAACUAUCUAAAAUUUAAUGUUAUGUUGUAUUGGACUUUUACAAAUGAAAGACUUAGCUGUUUGAACCAUACUUAAUUGUGGAGGAUUGGGAUUUUUUGUUACUAACUUGUACUUAUUUCUGCUUUAUUAUCAAGAUAUUAUGACAUAAAAAAUAAUGCAGUGUCAGGUGUUCAUGAUUCUGUAUUAUGAAUUUACAUAUAUAACAACACCUUUGAUCUUCAAAGUUUAAUCUUUUGUAUUCCUCAGAUGUUUUAAAGAAGCUAAACGAAAAGAAUUACAACAAAUACCUAAUUUUAGAUGUUAUCUCAUUCUUUCAGGAAAUAAACUAACAUGUAGUUUAUCAUAAUUCAA